GGGCGGGGCGGCGGGGGAUGCGCCCCUGCGCUAGGCAGUGUCGCCUACCCUCCUUCCGCACAGCCUGGGUUUCCGCUUCCCUCCGGGCGUGAGAAGAGGGGUUCCAGACCGAGCCCCGGCCGUGCCGCCGCCGCUGCCAUGUGGCCCCCAGACCCCGACCCCGACCCGGACCCCGAGCCCGCCGGCGGCUCCCGUCCCGGCCCCGCUGUCCCCGGGCUCCGCGCCCUACUGCCGGCGCGCGCUUUCCUCUGCUCUCUCAAAGGCCGCCUCCUGCUGGCCGAGUCGGGUCUCUCGUUCAUCACUUUUAUCUGCUAUGUGGCAUCCUCAGCAUCUGCCUUCCUCACAGCACCUCUACUGGAGUUCCUGCUGGCCUUGUUCUUCCUCUUUGCUGAUGCCAUGCAGCUGAAUGACAAGUGGCAGGGCUUGUGCUGGCCCAUGAUGGACUUCCUGCGCUGUGUCACCGCAGCCCUCAUCUACUUUGCCAUCUCCAUCACGGCCGUCGCCAAGUACUCGGAUGGGGCUUCCAAAGCCGCUGGGGUAUUUGGCUUCUUUGCUACCAUCGUGUUUGCAAUUGAUUUCUACCUGAUCUUUAACGACGUGGCCAAAUUCCUCAAACAAGGGGACUCUGCAGAUGAGACCACAGCCCACAAGACAGAAGAAGAGAAUUCCGACUCGGACUCUGACUGAAGGCCUGGCGGGUGCCCUGGCAACCUGAGCCACACAGGCCUCCACUCCUGCGCCUCACAGGGGACACUGGCGUUGGAGGGGAAGCCUGGACUUCUGAGUUGCAGAGGGGGCUGCAGACACAGCAGGCCCCCACAGCUUCAGGUUCUGCCUGAGCCCAGCCUACCAGGCUUGCCCCUCAGCUCAGCACUGUUGACCAUGCUGCAUGUGAGGGCAUCUUGGGUGUCCCACCCCUUCUCCCCAUUUCUGUCCCACAAGCCUUCAGCCCUUUAACCUCUCUGCCAAAAACCAGCACAAGGAGACAAAGCAGAGCCUUGUCUCCACCUGGGCAGCAGGCGUUCCAAGCUGCUAGGUGGUGGGGGUCGGGGGUCUUCUGUUUCACUAACAGGAACAAAGACAGAAACCGUGACAGGGCUGCCCCGCCAGGCCCCGCUGGGUUUGUCUGCACUUGGUGCUCCUGCCCACGCCAGGCACUUUGGUGACAAUGACCCUUCCAAGAAUCUUUGGUUCAAGGAGCACCAGUUCCCUCUUCAUUCGUGAAGCAGGGAGAAACUGACCUUUGCCUUGUCGCUCAGGAGAGUGGGGCUCCGCACCCAUAACUGACACGUCCCACCCUUGGAAACCGUGUUUUCUGCGGGUGAGAUGACCAUUCUGGGUCUAAGACUGUUUCAAAGAAGAGCUCAUAGACUGACUGGACCAGAAGACAGAGGGUACAACAGUGACGUCACAGUGACAGUGUCACGGGGAGCUGGGCAGGCCCAGCCAAACCCUUCUUCUUCCUAGAGCCCAGGCAGCAGGCAGGAGUUCCUGGACCCUCAGGACAGUGAACUUCCAGACCCCAGGGCAGGUCUGUGGGCCACUGCGGGAGAUGAGACCAGCCUUCUGUGUUCACCUAACGACUUAUACUGUGUAUCUGUCUUUGACGGAAUUUUGUAACUUUUUAUAUAUUUUUUAUACAAAAGCAGCUUCUUAACAGAUGGCAUUUUCUGUGACUCUAGGCCUCACAAAAGAGCCAGAGUUCUGGACCCAUGUUUGGAGCAUCUGUAGCCUUAUUCUCUUGCAUGUGAAUCUCUUACCCUGAAAAAAAGCCAUAAUGAAUUAAGCCAGACUGACCACUUGCUUGGAGUGUGUGUUUGAAAAAACUGGAGUAAUACUGUUGGGUAUCAUGUCAGGCUUCAGUACAAGCUGGUAAGGCCAGUGUGGAUCCUGUCAGUUUUCAGUGUUAGCAAAAAUACACAUGAAAUCUGACUACCA